AUGAAGCUCUUGGAACUCUCAUUUCUGAUACUGGUGGCCCAGACAGGAGCAUUCAGUCACUCCCAAUUUUCACAGUAUACAACCACUCCCCUUUCUUUGAGUACGAAUGAUGGUGACAACGACCAGCAACAACCCACGCAACCCCUAUUAUAUUCCCGUCAAUCUUGGUUCCAAGCCGCUGCCAUGGCCUCGGUCAUGAUUGCAGGACCCAAUAUGGCGUUUGCCGACGAGGAAAUAACUACUUCAUUGACUCCUCCUCCUCCUCCUUCACCAGCACUCGCCGCCGCCAAGACCAAAACGAUUGAAAAAUGCAGUACGUCCAGCAAAUAUCCUUGUGUUUCCACUUCCAAUGUCAAGAAUUUGGAUUUGUACUUGCCCCCCUGGACGUAUGAUCCCUCUCAGUACAGUUCAGUUGAAGUAUUGGCCCGCAUCAAGGGUGCUCUCAUGACGGACCCCACCUGCCAAAUUCUUCCACCGGCAAAUGACGAGGAAGCCAAAUAUUAUCUAAAAGCCCAAGUCAAAAGAAGCGAUUUGUUUUGGACCAUUGACGAAGUGGAAUUUUUGGUAGACGAAGAAAAGCAAGUAGUAUUUUUCCGCUCCUUGGCGACCUCCUCUGACUUUAAUGACUUUGGCACCAACAAGAAACGCCUCGAAGAUAUUCGGAAAAAGGCAGGAAUCUUUGGUGUCAUGGGAGAGAGCUUGAAUUCUGCCGAUUCCGUGUCGGAUUCCGAACGAGGCUAUGGUCCAUUGGGACAGCUAAAAGCCUUUUAUGGUCUCCAAUCCGGUGGAGGCUUCGAGGAUGUCUUGUCGGAAUAA